AUGGAGGAAGACAAGAAAGAAAAUGAAAAGUACAAGUCCCUCGAAAUUAUCCCAACAUCCCCUCAUUCUUCCAGAGCCUUUAAUUUAUGCCUCAAUCGUCCCCCUCACCUUAACGCUCUCUCACCUCACUUCUUCACCGAAUUCCCCCACGCCCUUUCAUCCCUCGAUCAGAACCCCGACGUCUCCGUCAUCAUCCUUUCCGCUGCCGGCCGUCACUUCUGCUCCGGAAUCGACCUUCAAGCCCUCAAUUCCAUCUCCUUCAUCCUCCCUUCCGCCGACCAUGGCCGGAUCCGCGAAAAGCUCAGGCGAGAUAUCAAGUUCAUGCAAUACGCCAUCACCGCCAUCGAGCGUUGCCGGAAGCCUGUUAUUGCGGCUGUUCACGGUGCCUGUGUAGGUGCGGGGAUUGAUAUCAUUACAGCCUGCGACCUAAGGUUUUGCUCGGCCGAUGCUUUUUUUGCGGUGAAAGAAGUGGACUUGGCCAUCACGUCGGAUCUUGGGACCCUUCGGAGGCUUCCGGCUGUUGUUGGAUUCGGAAAUGCUACGGAAUUGGCGUUGACUGGUCGGCGGUUUUCAAGUUCGGAGGCCAAAGAAAUGGGUUUGGUUUCCAAGGUUUUUGCAUCCAAGGAAGCUAUGGAGGAGGGAGUUAGAGCUGUAGCUGAGGGAAUAGCUGCAAAAUCUCCUCUUGCUGUGACAGGGACCAAGGCAGUGUUGCUGAGAGGUAGGGAUCUUACUUUGGAUCAAGCUCUGGAUUACGUGGCGACCUGGAAUUCUGCUGUUAUGCUAUCUGAUGAUCUAAAAGAGGCAAUUUUCGCACAAAGCCAAAAAAGGAAACCUUUAUUUGCAAAGCUCUAG